AUGGCAACCUCAAACUCCAGCAGCAUCUUGUCCUCCACAUUCUACCUUACAGGGAUCCCUGGCUAUGAGGAGUUUCACCACUGGAUUUCCAUCCCAUUCUGCUUCCUUUACCUUGUUGGCAUAACAGGAAACUGCAUGAUCUUGCAUAUCGUGAGGACAGACCCAAGGCUCCACGAGCCCAUGUAUUACUUCCUGGCCAUGCUGUCUCUCACUGACAUGGCCAUGUCCCUGCCCACAAUGAUUUCCCUUUUCAGGGUGUUGUGGUCCAUUUCCCGAGAGAUCCAGUUCAAUAUCUGUGUGGUCCAAAUGUUUCUGAUUCAUACCUUUUCCUUCACUGAAUCAUCUGUGCUCCUGGCCAUGGCCCUUGACCGGUAUGUGGCCAUCUGCCACCCUCUGCGAUAUGCAACCAUUCUCAUCCCAAAGCUUAUUGCCAAGAUUGGGAUUGCAGCUCUGCUCAGGAGUUCCAUCUUGAUAAUUCCACUUAUGGCACGCCUAGCUUUCUUUCCCUUCUGCCGCUCCCAUGUUCUUUCUCAUUCCUAUUGUCUGCACCAGGACAUGAUCCGCCUCGCCUGUGCUGACAUCAGAUUCAAUGUCAUAUAUGGGCUAGUCCUCAUUACUUUGCUGUGGGGCAUGGACUCCUUGGGCAUUUUUGUAUCAUAUAUUUUUAUCCUUCUCUCAGUGUUAAAAAUUGCAUCUCGUGAGGGUAGGCUGAAGGCUCUCAAUACAUGUGCAUCCCACAUCUGUGCUGUGCUCAUUCUGUAUGUGCCCAUGAUAGGGUUAUCCAUCGUCCAUCGUUUUGCCAAGCAUUCUUCUCCUCUCAUUCACAUCUUCAUGGCUCAUAUCUACUUAAUGGUGCCACCAGUGCUUAACCCCAUCAUCUAUAGCGUGAAGACCAAGCAGAUCCGCCAAGGAAUCCUCCAUCUCAUUUGUUCUCCCAAAAUCAGUUCUAUCGCAAUGUAG